AUGGCAAUCUUCGAUUCAGAGAAGCGCCCUCGCGGCCUUCGUGUACCCUCUCUCGCAGGAUUGAAGUCUUCGGCAACGAAAUCGCAAUUCUCCUUCCAAAAGAAAUCCGACUUGCUCGAGGAAACCUCGAAACCGAUAGCCGCCUCUGCUCCUCCACCAAAGCCGGCCCCUCCGCCGGACAAGGAACUCCCACUUCCUCCGAAAGAGGAAAUUCCACGGAGCGCAUCCGACAACCCAUACUUCCCUCCGAUCCCUCGAAAUGCAGUCCCAGAACGACGCCCAAUUGAACGGGUCCCCGUCCCAACACAGUCUUCUUCCUCUCGCACGACAGGCAUGCGAAGCAAGAAAUCGCAACCCGAUUUCCAUGCGCCUCAACAGCCAACUCCAGUAACCCCCUCUCCCCCGCCCCAAAUUCCGACCAUAGUCCAGGAUUCAGCUCCCGCUCCGGUCCCAGUUCCAGCGGACGAGGCCAAUUCUCCCCAACUGGAAGACUUGAUCCCGACUCCAGACAGUGCCGAACCGCCACUCGCAGUGCCAGAACUGUCCCGCGAAGAGCUGGCCCCCUCGCCCUUCGUCCCACCGGAUAUUGAACCCGUGGCACCGAGUUUGAACGAGAUACACCUCACAUGCUACCAGCAGCACCGCGCUAUGCCCGUGGCACAGAACACGUGGUGCCCGAUGCCGUGCAUGACCUGUCAAAAAUUCGACAUUGAGAUCCGGCACCGUUGUGUGUUCUGCUGCCUGCGCAUCUGCGAGUCCUGCUACCAGACCCUGCAGAAAUGCAAGAAUCGCUCGGUGGAGGAGCUAGUUGAUCGCAUCGCAGUCUGA